AUGGAAUUAUACGGAACAGGGGGCGAAAUUUUACCGCUUGCCGGCUUCUUCCUCCUCCUUUUUUCACCCACUCCCUCCUCUGUGUCUCCUAUUGUCCCGACAUGCGGACCACACAUUUAUAAUCCGUCGGAGGAUCGGAUACUGCUCGGAUCGUUGGAAACAAUGGCCUCUCGUAUCACGGACGUUGAGAAGAGACUCGGCCUGGAUGAGGCCGGUAUAACAGUUGGCAUUUCGUAUUCAUUGACUGAAGGAUGGAGCAGCGGAAUGGAGCCGAAGUCCGUGACAGCGUGA